GCGACUUCGGUCUCGGGCCGGCCUCUGGGCCGCGACGAUGCUGCAGAAACUGGUGUCCCGCUGGAAUCGCUAUAAAUACCGCUUGGUACCGUGGAUCGCCCUGAACCUGUGGAAAAACGAGAGGACAGUACGAUUGGUUGCAGAAGAUUCUUUGGAUAAAGUUAUUUCUGAUCAAGUGGUUGAGGCGUCAUUACUGAAGCUAUUUCGUGCUUUCUUCUUGAAUGAUUUGAGCGAUCGAGCUGAAUUUCUCAAUCUGCUGCCAGAAAAUAUCCAAAAAAAUAUCCAAUCAAAAUACAAUGAAACAUUAACUGAUUUUCAAUCACCGAAACAAACUGAGAAAAAUUCAAAAGGAAGUGAAAUGGAUUUGAACCCUAAUGAGACAUUGUUUAAAACAUUUGGAUUCAUUAUCAGUCGAGCAACUAGUUCCCUUUCCUUUGCAGGAAGAGGGGUGUUUGUUACCACAGGAAGAGUGCCGAAAGGAGCAGUUGUUUGCAUGUAUCCUGGUACUAUCUAUCAACAAUAUGAACCCAUCUUUUUCCAGUCAAUAUGCAACCCAUUUAUUUUUCGAUGUAUUGAUGGCAUGUUGAUUGAUGGGAAUGAUAAAGGAAUUUCUAAAGUUAUUUACAAAUCAUGCUGUGGACGAGACAGGCUUGGCCCUUAUAAAACCAAUGAUGUCACUUGGCUUACAGAAAUCCCAGUCAAUCCGUUAGCUGUGGGCCAAUACGUCAACAACUGUUCUAAUGAGAAAGCAGCCAACGUGUGCUAUCAGGAGUUUGAUGUUCCUACGACAUUUCCUAUAGAGCUCCGUCAGUACAUUCCUAAUGUUAACUAUGGUCAUAAUGCGGAAAGACCUUUGCGAUGUGUGGUUCUUGUGGCACUCAGAGACAUAGAAGAGGGAGAAGAGUUAUUCUCUAAUUACUAUACAAUAAUACAUUGAAAAAAUAGAACAUAAAUAACAUCAGGAACUUCAUUCUAUGCAAUGUGGAUUUUCACAUUUUAAAUAAUUGAGUCAAUGGAGAAUUUGAUUUUCUUUUGAUGAUGAGUGUUAUGAGUGAGUACUACCAAUCACUGCCACCAUCCUUCUUUCCCUACUGGAGUGCAAGGUCCAAUUUAUCUAAAGUUGUAGAGGACAGCCAUAAAUACGUGUCUGUGUCUAAAACAAGAUAUAGUCAUUGCACAGUAGCAAUCUGGUACAAAGACCUCCGUAAAACUCAGGAUAACAACUGUCCCUGUUGAGAUCAUUGUAGUCUAUUGGUGCUACUUCUGGAAAAAAAUUCAAAUGGACCUCUUUGCCGACUUCAUAGUUUAUUAAUGUAUCAUGUGCACUGCUGCUAGAGUUAGGCAGCCAUCCGGAUGUAGAACCUAAAACAGAUUAAAUUGUAAUGAGCUGGAAAUUCUUUAAAUUGAGCUAUUACUUGUUCAAAAUUUAUUCAUGGGUGUGGGUAUCACUGGCUAAGUCAACAUCUGUUGCCCAUCUCCACUUGAGUUAAGAGUCGUCCACAUUACUUGUGACUCCAGAGCCAUCUGUCAACCAGACCAGGUAAGGAUGGCAGCUUCAUUUGCUAAAGAAUUGACAAUAGUUUCUGGUCAUUGCUACACUCCUAAUCCAGAUUUUUAUUAAAUUCAAAUUCCACUAUUCCAUUAUGGUGAGAUUUUAACACGGGACUCCAGAGUAUUACCCAAGUCACCAGAUUAAUAUAAUUGCUAGAUAUCUGAAAUUAAAAAAAAUUGCUGGAAUAACUCAGCAGGUCUGGCAGCAUCUGUGGAAGGGGGACAAAAAGCAAAUUUAACAUUUGGGAGUCUGGUAACUCUUCAUCAGGAAAAAACUGGGAUUUAUGCCAAGGUGCUGGGGAGGUAAGCAGGAGAAAAGACAGCAAAAUGACAGGGAUAGGAAACAAAGAGAUAAUGGAUAGUAGGUCAAAACAGAAGAUGAAUAGGAGAUUAUAAAAAUAAAUUAUGAGAAAAUGGAUUAGCUUUGCUAAAUGCAAGCCACAAAUGUGAUAAUGGCCAAUGAGUAUAUGGGAAUGGGUGGCUGUGCUAAAAGCAACUCAUAUAACAGAGAUAAUACAAUGUGAAGCUGAAUGAUUACAGCAGGCCAAGCAGCAGAGGAGCAGGAAAGUUUGACGUUUCUUUCUGAAGGGUCCUGACGCAAAACAUCAAACUUUCCUGCCCCUCUCAUGCUGCUUGGCCUGCUGUGUUCAUCCAGCUUCACACCGUGUUAUCUCAGAUUCUCCAGCAUCAGCAGUUCCUACUGUCUCAUAUCAUAACAGGACCAAGUGUGGGGUGGGUAACAAAAACAUGGAAUCACUCAAAAAGUUAUUGAACUGGACAUUGAGUCCUAGAGGCGGCAGCGUUCUCAAGUGUAAAAUGAAAUGUCCUUUGAACUUGUGCUAAGCCUCACUGAAGGACUGUAGCAGGUGGAAACAGAUGUUGGCCAGGCAACAUGGUGGUGUGUUGACAUGGCAAGCAACUGGAAGCUCACAGGAACUUUUGCAGACUGGCCAUAAGUGUUCUGCAAAGCUGUCAUGCAGCCUACAUUUCAUCUCCCCAAUAUAGAAGAGACAACAUUGUCUGGGACCUCGAAUUGAGGAUGCAGGAUGUAAAUGGUAGCUCUUAUACCUGUGAUUUCAUAGGAAGGUGCUGUGGGAGCAUGAGAAAAUGUUAGGGAUGAACAAGGAGUGUAAUGUGGUGGCCACUUUUUCUUAGAAAGAAAAUCAUCUCCUCUGCCCAGCCAAGCUUGUCCUCACUUGAAACAACUUCUCCUUUAACUCCUUCCUCCUCACCAUCCAAGCAGUGAUUCACCUGUACCUCAUUCAAUCUGUAUUCAUUGUUCACAACGUGGUUCUCUGGGGAGACAAAAUGCAAGCUAGGUGAUUGCCUUGAGAAAAUGACCCCAAGCUUCCAGUUGUCUGCCAUUCAACACACUGCCGCGUAUCCCAUGCCAACAUUUCUGUCUCAGGCCUGCUACAGUGUUCCAGGGAGCCAAGAAAGUGAAUAUUUCAAAGAUAAUUUUUAGUUACGUGUAAAAUAAUUGGUAAAAAGUAGAAAAUAAUUGACAUUAGGCAAUUUGAAUUAGAUUGGGGCUAGGCUAAGAACUUAAGAACACAAGACAAAAGGACUUGGAAGAGGCCAGUCAGCCUCUCAAACUGGCCUUCAACAAAGUCAUGGCUGAUCUGCCCAGGCCUCAAAUUCUCGUGCAAGAUCAACAUAGCCAUCAACUCCCCAACAUUUCAACAAUGGAGCUACACUACUGUAACCAAGUCUCCAACAACUGAGAUAGAGAAUUAGAAAAUCACUGGCCUGACAGAAGAUAUUCUUUGAUAUUUCCAGCUUGAAAUGAACACCCCCUUAUUCCCAUACAUGUUCCUUAGUUCAGGAUACCUCCACUAGUAGAAACAUUUUUUCCAUUUAUUUUGGCAAGAGCCCUCAGAAUCUUUUAUGUUUCAAUUAAGAUCACUCCUCAUUCUUCUAAACUGCCAUGAAUAAAGGCCUGAUCCAUAUAGCUAGUCUUGACAAGUCAUCUUUUUCAUCCCAGGAAUCAAACUAAUGAAUCAUUUUUGAACAGUCUCCAACAUUAGUAUAUAGUUUUUAGGAUCAGAAUUGUACAGAAUCCCAAGUGCAGCCUCACCAACAUCUAUACCAACAUCAGUUGUAAUAAGACAUUCAUCUUUUUAGCCUCUAGCAAUAAAGGCCGUGUUCCAUUCACCAUAAUUACUUGCUGCACUUGCAUACUGGAUUUUUGUGUUGCAUACUUAAGAAAAACCAGAUCCCUUCACGCUGCACUUUUUUGAAAUCGCUCUGCAGUUAACAGUCUACCUGUUGGUCCUUCUUACAUUAGUUUCCAUCUGUCAGGUUUCCACCCACUCACGCUCAGUCUACUCAUUUUGCCUGCAGAUUCCUUAUGUUCUCAUUGCAACCAGCCCUCACUUUUUUGUAUUAUCAGCAAAUUUUGAUACGGCAGACUGUGCUCCCUCCUUCAAGUCAUUCAUAUAGAUGGCAAAUAAUUGAGGCCCUAGGGCUAACUGAGUCUGCUCUCCACUAGUUGUCUUCCCAACCUGAAAAAGAUCCAAUAAUUCCAAUUCAUUACACUAACAAAUCUUCAAUCCAUCCUAUUUACCCCCAAUUCAGUACAACACAGGGUUUCUCAUUAACUGUUUGAAUCAUUAUAGUCUUUGCACAUGGGGCAAAUGUACAAGACAGAAGGCAGCUGGAGCAAGUCUAGAAACCAAAGAAUCAAGUGAGAUAAAAUAUCCCAAGUGGUAGAAUAUUAAUACAAUCACUUGUUUAAUGUCAUCUGCUAAGAUAAUGAACAGAAAAAGUAAAAGGAGCAACACACGAAUGGAAUAAUUAUGGAGUGAAGAGCUAACACUUUAGAGGAGUUGUACAAGGCUCAAAACAUGAACUUUUUUUCUCUUCGCAGUUGCUGCCAGGCUUGCCGAGUUUCUCCAGCAUUGUUUCAGAUUUUCACCAUCUACACUAUUUUGCCUUUAACUGCAAUAAAUCUGGCAAUGCAUCUAACCAAUGCAGAAUAACAGUCAAAGCCAACUGCGUAUUGUGCUCAAACAGCAGAAUACAUAUUGAAGGAAGUGAUGAUCAAACUGUGUAUUGCUCUAAUCAGCCUAAAUCUGAAGGGCUGUUCCUAGUUCUGUUCACUGCAACAUGAGGGAGAUAUUCAAACAUUGAAGAAACCUUAGUGUUGAAAGGUGAUGAUCUUUGGUGGUGUAUGUAAUUGCAAACUAUGAAAAAUUAUGUUUAAAAUAAGAAGCAAAAGGUCAAACCAUCAAAAGGCAAGUUUAGACUUAAUCUUUACUUUGAAUUCUAUUCAGUGUGUUGAUUGCAUUUAGUUUAUUGCAGGCAAAGAGCUCAUCAUUUAACAAUAAAGUAUAUCCUGCCAAAGGGUGGAAUUAUUCUGCUACCAAACACAAAUUUAAAAAGCUGCCUAAACUACAGCUUGCCAAGGCAUCAAAACUCACCUUUCCUGAAUCAGUAUAUUUUGCAAUUCCUAUUUCUGGUUAUGUGCCACUGUUUCCCACUUAAAAUUACAUUUAUUUCAAAAAACUCCUACAUGAUAGAAGUUGAAACUGAAGAAAACUUGUGGUGUCAGCCAAUGUUAAAGCAACUGUCUGCAGAUCUAGGUACAUAAUUUGGGUAAGUUUACAUGUUUCAGAGCUUAUUUUGGAAAACUGUAAGGUGUAAGAAUGCUAGUGGGUAAAGUGUUUGUUGUUAAAUGAGUAGGUUGCAAGAUUCUUGCAUGGGUUUGUGGGUUACUGGGAGAGAUCAGGGAGGGAGGCAGUGCAUCAACCUGAAUGGGGUAUCAGUUACAUGAUUAACUAAGAGUUACACGUAUUUUUCUUAAUAUCCAGAUGUCAGAAUCAGGGAGAUAAGGUGGUUUUGACUGAACUUAAUUGGGAGAUUAUUUUUGGAGUGUUUUGGGAACAGGGGAAUAACUGAUCACUACUUCAAACUUUCUAGGCAAGUCCAAUAUUUCGGACUUCCAAGGUAUCCCAGAUUGCAUCUUUCCUGUCUCCAGCUAUCCACACACUGAAAGAACUGGAUCAAUACUUCUGAAAGGAAUAGCAUAAUGGGUGGAUUCUCCUUUAAACUGUUUAAAUGUUCACAGAUCAAAUUUAAGCUGGGCAUUAAUUUCAGCUACCAGCGAGUCACAAGAACAAAGCUACUUGGGCACAAAAAGUCUUUCCCUGGCAAAAAUAAUGAAAACUGCAUAUAUUGCCUUGGCUGCUGUUAGCCAUUCAAUAAAUGUAUCAAUUAACACAAUAAAUCAGUUUAGAAACAGGUUGUGUAGUUUAUAGAUACAGCUUUUAAAGAUAUCAUAACUCUACACCAAAGCCUUCAAAUAUAUUAGGAAAUAUGGUCCUGGUUGCAAAGGUGAUGAGACCAUGGUUACCAAAAGAUUGUGAAAUACCACUCAGAAUUUCAUUGGAGCUCUCGAUCUUUGAGCAGCCAUGAACUGCAAUACUUAAUGCAGGUAUUUCUCCUAUAACACAACAGUCACGCCCUUGUGUUACCUCACGCUAUAGAAAAUCACGUUAUAGGGAAAUAGUAUAUCUGAACAGCAGAAAGUUCACGUUAUCCAAACAGCGUCCACUAUUCAUCAAUCUCAUUACAGCAAAUUUUGCACUAAACAAAAUGUUUUAUAGCAGAAGUACCUGUAGUCCAUAUUCUCUGAUGAUCAAGCAGAUUUUUCUACUAUACUUUAGAUCAACAUCAACAACAAAUCGGACUGGUGUGAUGAUCUAUGUCUCACGUUGUUUGUGUGCCAUAAAUUUUGCUUGGGUUUCUUAAAUGUAAUUUAGUACAUUACAUCAUAUUCCGUUGGCUAAGUUUUAAACAUUAACUGUAUUCCUCAUUAGUAACUUUGAAGUUACACUUGAUUAAA